CCGCCUCCCGAGCGCCCCACUCACCAAAUUGACGGGGUGAAGGUAGCCGUUCUCGUACUUGUCGCUGGCCAGGAUCUGCCUCAGUGACUGAGUUUCCUGCUACCUACUUGGGCCUGGGUCACAACAUUUUAUGACUUCUGUAGCUAAAGGACUGGUUCCAUGGAGAGAGGUUUUUCCACGGACAGGAAGGAGGUGUGGUUUUGCUUGCUGCCUGCAUCCCAUGAAUGGGCCUUCUCUUGUGUGGGAUGGAAGAUAUUUCUGUGCUGCAAAUUAAGAUGACUUCAUGCAAAAGACGUAGAACUUUUUCCUCUUUUAUAAUGAUAUCAGAGAAGAAUACUGACCCUCCUCCCACUUGUGCAACAAUUAAAGAUGAAACUCCACGCUCACCAGAAUUGCCGCUGGUACCACGGAGGGGAUGUAUCUACACCAAGCUGGAAGAUCAUCAAGACCAAAAUGCAAAGUGUGAGGAGGGCAAAAUCACCAAUUCUGUGGGAUCAGUUGCCUUUGGUUGCUUUAUGUAUAAAUCUAUUUAUGGACCAGAAGUAUAUUGUCCCUUGAGAGACAAUACUCAAUUAACCAAAGAGUUAUUUUUCUUCAAAGCCAAGUUUUUGACCUUGAGCUUUGAGAAAAAGCCUGGUGCAUAUUGCUGGAGCAUCAUUGUCCAUCAGUACAACGGGAUCUACCCUGCAACUCAAGAACGCUGCUGGGUCCUGCAAAAUGGGCAUAUUACAGCACCCAUCUUACUCCAUUAUGCAUUUCUAUUUAAUGUUUAUUAUUACGUUUCAGAGGUUUUUGGAGAAAAAAAUGUUCUCUUAAAGUAUUUAAGGGAGUUGGGCAAAAUGUGCAAUCAGCAUACUGAGGAUAUAUUUACCCAUUAAAAUUGUUGCAAUGUUUUCUCUCUAACUUCCUGCCGCUGCUCCUGGAAGAUUUUAUGGUGAAAUGAGAAGAAAGCCAGAAAUGACUCCAGGGUAAUCACGCUAGCCAAAAUAUCAGAGCAGUUCUGUUUGUCCUGGAUUUUCUAGGAAUGUUAUAUUUGUCAAAAAUAUCUCUAUAGCUAUCCAUCUUGUCAAGGACUUUUGUCCUCCUGUGCUGCUUUAUAGGAUGGCUUUAGAUCUUUUGCUGUUUUGAACAACAACAACAACAUCAACAAAUGAAUGCUCCAAAUUGGCACAUUCAC